GAGAGAGAGAGACUCCUUUCUAAAUUUCUUAAAAUUAUUUUGAUUAUUGUUCUGCGCAAUGAUAGAUGCGCAUUGUACGUUUAUAAAAUGUUAUGAGUUAUAUCGUUUUUCUUUAAUGUAUCGACCAAGUUGGACAUUUAUAAAAUCUUAUCAUUGUAUAAUCAUUACGCUAGAUACGAAUAACGAAAGAAUAUUUUAUUCUUUAGAAAUAUUGCGCCUCAUCGAAAUUUUAGUAACUAUGCAUCGCGUGUAGGAAAUAGUUAGUGAUAAUGUCAGAAGGUGCGCUAGUGUUCCACUAAGCUACCCCCAGUCUUACUACCCCCACCCUUCCGUUUCAGCUCCCCUAGCUAGUGCAAAUCUCGACGGAUGAAUGUUUUCUUAAGGGAUUCUUCCCGAAACCGACGCGAAAUUAUAAGAGGAGUCAUCUGAGGCUUGUAAUUGCGUUCCUGGGGGGUGAUGGUACUCACGCCGACAGCGUCUCCCACAAAGAUUUCACCAUUUUUCAAUUAACAAAAAAAUUGUCUGCGUCGCACACACGUCACAAAUUCUUCGGUUAACCUGUCGGCUGGCUUCCUUCACAAUAUAUUACCUUAAUCAUGGAAAGUGGAAGUAAUUUGCCUAGUCCAGGCAAUUAUCCUGGUGGGAAUCGACAACAAUUUUGUGUAUCAUGGAAUUCUCACCAGUCAAACAUGCACAGUGCUUUUCCAAAGCUAUUGAGCUCAGAACAAUUCGUCGAUGUUACUUUAGCUUGUGAUGGUGGUUCUAUCAAAUGUCAUAAAGUGGUAUUAUCUGCCUGUAGCGAUUAUUUAGAACGCUUAUUGCUAGAAAUACCAUGUACUCAUCCUAUUAUUUUUCUGAGAGAUAUGAGAAUGUGGGAACUUCAAGCAUUGGUCGAGUUUAUGUACCGUGGUGAAGUAUACGUAGAACAACAACAGCUUGCAAAAUUGAUGCAAGCUGCAGAAGUCCUGCAGGUCCGUGGCUUAUCGACUCAGGGAAGUGAUAGCUCUUCAAUCGAGAGUAACUCACAACAAUGUGAUUCUAAUCCACCUAUCACUCCAUCAACGCCAACUCAACAUGAUGUACCUCAUUUCAAACCCGAAGACACUCACUCUAAUGAUGAAGGCAGCUCAAGCUUUUUGGAGCCUACCUCAGUUGCUGGAUCUAGUACAGGAAAUGUUACAUCUCACAAUAAUACUCCAACUUCGCAAAAUCCAAACUCAUCCAAUUUUAUGGAACAUAGUGAAGCAUUACAACAUUUGGAAAAGGCUCUUAGCGCUUGCGAAGCUACUCUUACAGAAACUCAGGGGAUGGUUAAAAUGGAACCAGAUGAACAAUUUUCUCAACAACAAGAUGUCAAACCUUAUUCUAUCACUAUGGUACGAAAUAGUAACUGCAAUCCCAGCAGUCCAUUUCCUGCUAUAGAAGGUUAUCAAAGACGACAAAGACGUUCAGAAGAAGAACUGAAACAAGCUUCAGAUAUGGUUGCACGUGGCAUGACAUUUCAGGUUGCAUCAGAAAAAUAUAAUAUACCUAUCAGUACGAUUCGUUUCUAUAUGGUUAGGAAGGGAAUUUUACAAAGGCGAAAACGUGGACGUGGUUCCAGCAAUCUUGGAGUAAACAGUCAACCUGAAAGUCCUGCAAGCCCACCAUUUCAUAUGAUAAACUACCGUUUGCCAGACAGCCUAAAUUCCAGCCUACCGUAGUGCUAUACCAAAAGUAGUGAGUUUUUAGAUUUCAGUUGAAUCGAACAAAUUAUUUGUCGCUAAAGUCAGAGCUGUUCUGGACCAUCAUCCUUCCCUUUAAACUCUUUAUGAGUUUUUCUUUAUCCAUAUGUUAUUUUACCACAUCUAAGAUGUUAAGUAUAAACGCGAUAUGCAGGCGUUAAUAAGGAUAUCUAUUACUGCAUAAAACUCGUGCAUUUAUUUUAAAUUUUCAUAUAAAAAUUUUUAACAUUGCAUGCACUCUAUAUAAUAUAUAUAUAUUAUA